AUGGAACGUCAAGCAUCUAUUGACCGAAAACGCAGACUAGUACCAUCAAACUCCUUCCCAAAUCAAAUUCUUCAAUUGGUUGUUAAUUACGAUCCAAAACUUGAUUUCACCUGCGUGCCAAUCGCCAUUGACGAAGAAUUUUACGAGUCAUCCAUACGUCAGCAAACAUAUGGGUUAAUCUGGAACUCCGUUCGAUCAUCGAAUACAAGUAGAUUGAUCUCGUACGAUCGGCUGAAUGCAUUUGUCGAGAUUCUUCAAAUACCAUCGGAAUGGUCACGAUACGACAUCGACCUCCUUAUUCACAAGAAUAGAAAUCACAAAUUGUUAAACGGUCUCGCUCUACGUGAUGAAUUUGUUCGUGUUUUACACCGAGUUUUUCAACAAGAUCCCAGUCAAAUGAACGAUUCGUAUGUCUUGAAGCAUCUGGAGUUCACUCGUCGCGCAAUUCAAUUAACAUUUCAUCAUCGACAAGAUACGGAAUUGCCGCUGAUCAUUACAUUUUUGCUCCUCAUCGAAUUGAAUAUCCCUUGGACAACCUUCUUUCCUAAUGAAUAUUUCCAAUCCCAUGCUGAUAUCAAAUCGACAUAUCUAAGUCCGUCAAAUUCUAUUAAAUUUCAAUUCGAUUCGAGUGUUAUCGAAGCGAACCUAUGCCAUUAUCUGAUCGACACUUCUGAAUCAUUCUCAUCGAUAUUCAAAAGUCUUAUCGAGCUACGAAAACAAUCUCUAAAUUAUAUCCAACGAGCGGUGAGAUAUGUUUCCAAAACAAGAGACGAACAAACAUCAUCAGACCAAAUCAAUCCAUCAAUAUCAGCCAAGAUCGAAGGUGUCUUAUCAUCAUUAUUUUGCACAUCAUCCUUACAGACAUUAUUCCUAAUACUUUGUUCGAAUUAUUCACAAAUUGAAUCGAUUUCAUCGCCCAUCGUUAAUGCUUUACAAAUCUUAAUCAAUGCUCUAGAAAACAAUUAUCUCGAACACCCCUUACUGAAAACAAAAAACAUAUUUUCGGAAAUGUUUUCGCUCUGCGAUGUAAGUCUUCAAUAUGGAAUCAAAAAACUACUUGUGGAUAUGCAAAUCAAUUCGAAAAGAGGUAUGCGUCGAUAA